AUGACCAAGAGCACGGCCAACCCCGACUCCAGGCCCAGCGAGCUGAGGACAGAGCCUGCUGCCAGCACAGUGUCCUCUGAGCUCGCUGCAACCUGUGACCAGGCAGCGGCCGAGGGCAGGGUGGAGGCUGACAUGGCCCUGACUGAGGGCAUGGCCACCUCAAACAACCAGACUCAGGCCAUCCCAGAGACUGACGCCAUGACUGCACGAACUGUGCUAGCCACGGUGAAGGACAUUCUACAGAGACUCAUGUCCUGUGACACUGUGGAUGCCGAGCUGCAAAUGGAUAUUGUGAGCCUGACUGAAAAACACCCUGCUCACGUGGUGAUGAGCCUCCUGCACUGUGCCCCAUUGUGUGACAGAGCUGCCACACUGAUGUGGAGGGCCAUGGGCACCUCAGAAGUAGCCGCGGAGGAGGUGCUUCCAGCGCUGCUCUCUGUGCUAGAGAAGCAGCCACCAUACAGCAGGAUCUUCUGCAGCGGGGACGAGGCCGUCUUUGCCCUGGCUGCAACUCUGGUGCUGUGGAGGAUUGCCCCCAUGUCUGAGUGGCACUACGGAAUACUCCUUCAUUCUCCCCAGCUGUUUGUGGAUCUGCUCUUGCAAAUUUUCAUCACCACAGAGCAGAUGCCAGAGAAUGUUCAGAACUUCUGGAGAGUGUGUCAGGAGGAACACGGCCUUCCCAGUGACCCCAACAGGUUUGCAGUGCAGACCAUGAAGGCUCUGCUCUCCCAGCUGGCCUUUGACAAGAAGCUGGUGGCUCUGGAGCACCUGCAGGUCUGGGACACCCUGCUCUGUGCCGACACCCAGCAUGAGGCAGCGGGCCUGCUGGCCAGGGAGAUGCGCUGUGGCUUGACCCCCUUGUGUCCCCACAUGGCCUCGCACCUGCUCAGCCUGCUCAUCGGGAAGCAGCCACGCUGGGAUCUGCCUGCCCUGGCGUUCUUGGUGGAGCUCCUGGAGUGUCUGGACUUGAGCCAACAUGGUCCCAGUGCCCUGUGGGUCGUAUCCAGGCACCUGCUGAGUGAGUGCAGGGAUAGGCUGCGCCUGCAGCUCAGAGGCCUCGUGGUGCUCAGCAAGGAGCCCUCGCUGGGCGGAGAAAUAUGCAGCCUCUAUCAACACCUGCUGGAGCAGCUGGCUGAUCCCGAUGCAGAGGUGGUCUGGAUGACCCUCUCUGUGCUCACGCAUGUGCUCCAGGACAAAGACCAUAAGAUAGCCAGCAUCACCGCCCUGAAGCUGGCUGAGGCCCUGCUGCCACACUUUGACAAUGACAACAGCCAGGUGCAGCUGCUCUCCAUUCAGCUCUUCAGCAAGGUGACGGAGCUGGUAGUGGAAGAGGGGGAAGAGCCUCUCACAAGAAUCGUGAGCCAGAGCCUGCUCCCUUUAUUCCUGCGCUGGCACGAUGAGAACCUGCACGUGGCCAAGGCCUCUCACGAAGCCCUGCUUUGUGCGGCACGCUUCCUGAGGAGGACUGACCUCAAGGAGCUGCUGACGAAGGAGCAGCGGAUGAAGUUCGCCCAGAGCCUGCGCCGCAUCCGGGGCCGCCAGCCCGCGCCCCGCACACUGCUCCCUGCCCUGGGCCGUGCGGGCGGGCUCGGCCGGUGCUGGGCGCAGGGAGCACCCGGCCAAGGGGCAGAGCCCGGGCUGAGCCUUUGCUCCCCGCAGCUGCUGCAGGACGCGAGCCGAGCGGCCGAGCACCUGCGCUGGGCCCUGCCGCGCCUGCAGAGCCCGCAGCGGCCCCUGCGAGAGGCGGCCGUCAGGAUCAUCGCCCCGCCCGCCCUUGGCGCUGCCGCCGCCCUCCCGCAGCCGUGCCCUCCCUCGGGCGGCAGCGUGCGGCAGGGCCUGGGCUGA